AUGGCGCACAUCACCAUAAAUCAGUAUCUGCAGCAAAUGCAAGAAGCCAUUGACAGCAGAGAUGGACAAUUUUGUGCAGAAUUGGUGUCAUUUAAACAUCCACAUGUUGCAAACCCAAGGCUACAGCUUCCAUCUCCAGAGGAGAAAUGUCAGCAAGUUUUGGAACCACCAUAUGAUGAAAUGUUUGCGGCCCACUUAAGGUGUACUUAUGCUGUUGGAAACCAUGACUUUAUAGAGGCGUACAAAUGCCAAACAGUUAUUGUCCAAUCUUUCCUGCGAGCGUUUCAGGCACAUAAAGAGGAAAACUGGGCUUUACCUAUUAUGUAUGCUGUAGCCCUCGAUCUUCGAAUUUUUGCAAAUAAUGCAGAUCAACAGCUAGUGAAGAAAGGGAAAAGCAAAGUUGGCGACAUGUUGGAAAAAGCAGCAGAACUGCUGAUGAGCUGUUUUCGAGUCUGUGCCAGUGACACUCGAGCAGGCAUUGAAGAUUCCAAAAAGUGGGGCAUGCUGUUUCUUGUGAAUCAGCUGUUUAAAAUUUAUUUUAAGAUCAACAAGCUCCAUCUAUGUAAGCCCUUAAUUAGAGCAAUUGACAGCUCAAAUCUGAAGGAUGAUUAUAGUAUGGCACAGCGAGUUACGUACAGAUACUAUGUUGGACGCAAAGCCAUGUUUGACAGUGACUUCAAGCAAGCUGAAGAGUAUCUGUCAUUUGCCUUUGAGCACUGUCACCGCUCGAGCCAGAAGAACAAAAGAAUGAUUUUGAUCUACCUGCUGCCAGUGAAAAUGUUGUUGGGCCACAUGCCAACAGUUCAGCUCUUAAAAAAGUAUGACCUUAUGCAGUUUGCUGAAGUAACAAAGGCUGUGAGUGAAGGCAAUCUUCUCCUACUGAAUGACGCUCUGACAAAGCAUGAGACUUUCUUUAUUCGAUGUGGAAUCUUUCUUAUCCUUGAGAAGCUGAAAAUCAUCACGUACAGAAAUCUCUUUAAGAAAGUAUACUUACUACUCAAAACCCAUCAGCUAUCUCUAGAUGCCUUUCUGUUUGCCCUGAAAUUCAUGCAAGUAGACGAUGUUGAUAUUGAUGAAGUCCAGUGCAUUUUAGCUAACCUUAUAUAUAUGGGUCACAUUAAAGGCUAUAUAUCUCAUCAGCAUCAAAAGCUUGUGGUCAGUAAGCAGAACCCAUUUCCUCCGCUGUCAACAGUGUGCUGAGCGUUGCAUCUUAUCUGUGCAAGCACUUUUCAGAUACUCCGCUUGCCCAGCGGGGCUGCUCCUAAUCACCCUGAGGACACUGUAAAUGAUGUGGUGCGUGGCCAGGACUGGAAUUCCAGGAACUGUUUGUGGCUCCUUUCCCAGAAUGACCAAGGCUGUGCCAGUGUUACAGAGCGCGUUGGAACGAAAUGCUAACUUUUCAGUGAUAGUUUCCGCAGGCUUUCUAGAUCAUUCAAAGUAUUUAAUGACGAAAUAAAGUAAAGCAUUCCAAA